AUGGCGCCUUCAAAGAGUACCGGUUUCCGCCGAUCGACGGUAACUAUCCUUGUGUUGGGUCUACUUCUCACAGUGCAGAUUCGCCUGCAAGCUAGUACAGGGAGGAGCUUCGUCUCAUUUCUCUUGCUGGAUGCGGCCCAGGAGCCAUCGGAAGAAGUUAUUGUCAACAGCACGCAAGGGAAUCCUGGCUUUGUCGAUGCCAGAACAAGUACCGGUACUGGGAACACUGAGCAUCGACCUGAUGCAGAACUAUCCCAUCAGAUUCCAGCCAGCGCUGAUACGAUUUCAACUCCAGAUCAGGAAACUCUGAAGGAUGACUCUUCCAACACAUUUACUUCUACCGAGCAGGAAGCUUCGGUCACGGAGAAGCUAGCAUUUUCCAUUGAUGGGGACACCAAAAAAGACGCAAAUGCCGAACCCAAAAGGCCCAAAAAGCCUCUGAACGUGAUUGUUCUCUAUCCGGAUGAUUGGAGACAUGAUGAUAUCGGGGGAGUGGCUCCCGUUGUGCGGACUCCGUUUCUCAAUCAGCUUGCACAACAAGGCAUUCGUUUUACCCACAAUGCUGUGACAACGUCAAUUUGUUGGAUUAGUAGGGCAACCCUUUUCACGGGUCAAUAUGCGAGUCGACACAAGUCACUGAGAAUACGACAGCCACUGUUUUACAAAGAAUGGGACAAAACGUGGCCGUCCUUGCUGCAGAAAGCCGGCUACUACGUGGGGCAUGUUGGAAAGUGGCAAUACCAAAACCGAGGGGGAAUCGUCCAAUCGCUGUUCAACUGGACGAGUUUGUUUGAAGGCCAACACUGGUACAAAGGUGAGCCGGCUGCCAACUAUACUCGGGACGAGACCAUUCGGUUUUUGAAGGAACGACCCAAAGAUCGACCCUUUGCUGCGACCAUAGCUUUUUAUCCUCCGAAAGCCGUCACGCUCAAUCCUACUCCGGGGGCUCAGUUUAAACCCAGCAAGAAUCACUAUGAGAAUGUCACCAUCCCGGUCCUUCCCUAUAACUGGAGUGAAUCGCACAACCGUCUUCCUUGGUUCUUUCAAACCGAUGAACGUUUUGGUAAACACCGAUUCAGUACUCGCUGGCAAACUGCAGAGCAAUACCAAUUGGGAAUGCAGCAUUACUACAGUCUGAUCACAGAGGUCGAUCAAGCAUGUCGAGAGAUCGUGGAAUUUCUUAAAGAGGAAAACAUAUUAGAGGAUACUCUCGUCAUUUUCACAACCGACAAUGGAUUGUUUCAUGGAGCGCACGGAUUGGCAGGCAAGUGGUAUCCAUACUCUGAAUCGAUUCGGAUUCCAUUGAUUAUAAGGGACCCGAGAAUGCCGCCAUCAUCCACCGGCACUUUGAAUGAUGAUCUUACACUCAAUGUGGAUUUGGCACCUACCAUUUUGGGAGCUGCUGGCAUUUCAAAGCCGGAAAGUAUGCAAGGACGGGACAUGUCAGAUCUUUAUCUCACGGAGGACGAACGAUCCUCCUCUGCUCCAUCCUCCUCUGCUCCAUGGCGCAAUGAAUUCUACUAUGAGUUCCCUCUCGACAAUGGAAAGGCCAUGCCCACAUCGAGCGCUGUUGUACGACACGACAUCAAGUUUAUCCAUUGGUGGCAUUACAACUACACGGAACUCUUCAAUCUGACAGCGGAUCCUUUAGAACAACACGAUGUCUCCAAUGAGACUUCGUAUGCCAGCAUUUAUCUGGAGCUACAGGCUCGCCAUGCACAACUGCAACAAUCAGUUUUGUAG